AGAGCUCAAAUAUUCAAACUAUCUUAAGCUUCAAACUUUUCUCCCUAGCCUAAUUCUCUCCCUUCUCCAAAUUCCGAAAACCAACUUCACCAUUGGGUCGAGUUCACCUUGAAUUCGAUCCGAUGGUCUUGAACUCUCAAUAAGUAAACUACUCUUUCGUAACCAAGGUCACUUUUCGUCUUCCCUUGGUUUACAUUUGCCCUUUAAGACGAAACUUUGCCAUAUCAAUCAAGUUUGUCAAGAUGGAGAAGGUUUUAAGAUUGGCAUCGGCGAAUGAUGUGGUGAUUUUUAGCAAGAGCUCAUGUUGUCUGUGCUAUGCAGUCAACAUUCUAUUUCAGGAGAUUGGUGUGCGCCCUUCAGUUAAUGAGCUCGACAAUGACCCUGACGGCAGGGAAAUGGAGAAGUGUCUUAUGAGGAUGGGGUGCUCUGCAGUUCCAGCUGUGUUCAUAGGUGGAACACUGAUCGGAUCAACCAAUGAAGUCAUGUCCCUCCACCUAAAAGGACAACUGAUCCCAAAACUGAAGUCUUAUGAGCAAAACGCUACGUCUUGAAGAUUAAACUACUCAAAAUAUCAUGUCCAAAAGACAAAAAUAAACUGGCUCAAAUUAGUACUGUAGUGAUGAGCUUUGUAUUCAAAGUCUAUGUAGUGUUUGAUGUGUCAUGUACUUUGUAAGAUUGAAUUAGCUAUAUAUAUAUAUAUAUAUAUCUUGUAAUCUGUUUCCUAUUCUUAAUGAAGUUAGCUUUGUAUACA